AUGACAAGCACGAAGAAGAAGGGAGGCAGCAAGGCGGCGGGCAUGGAUGAGGUGACGGAUUGGGAGCGGCAGCUCGAGCGCUGCAAGGUCACAGCCGGCGCCAUGGGAGGUCGAAAGCAGGUGCACUACACGUUUCCAGAUGGCACAGAGAUGGUGGAAGAGUACGACCUGGCCAAGGACAACCUCCUCAUCCGACGAUGGAAGCGCAAGACUGCACUUGGAAAGGCGGGAGGCUGGGAGUUUGAGCUCGGCGAAGACUAUGCCCCUGCAAGCGCUUCAUCCUCUGGAUCAGCCAUGAUCCAAGCCUCAUCAUCCAACCCCGUCUGUGUGCGACAUGACACAGAAAAGGCGUUUUGCUGGCGUGUGCGCAACAUCCCAUACCCAGCAGACACCUACAAAUUGACAGUGGAGGACAACAAGAUUGUGCUUCGAACGACAAACAAAAAGUGA